AUGUCGUCGUCACACUCCAACACCGCUACUGCUACGACUCCAGUCCAACCGCCACCAGUCUACUCGACUCUCUCGCCACCUUCAUACACCGCCCCGUCCGAUACAAACUCAGUCGUCUCGCAUACGUCGGUGUCGAAGAAGUUUCUUGGUCGAAUGUGGAAUUCACGAGAUGAGGAGAGGAGUGACAAGAAGGGGAAGGGAAAGAAGCAGGAGAGGCAGAGGGAGGUGGAGGAGAAGGAAAUCAGGGCUGCGGCGAGGGCGGCGUAUUUUGCUGCGCAGUAGGUAGGGCUUAAAUUCCUAGGAUUUCCCUUUUUUUUUGGUCGGGAGAAAUGUCUACGUGGGAAAAUACAGAGAUUUUAAUUGGGGGGUUGCGGAUUGUGAGUGUUUGGGUGUUUGAAAAGGUUAGUAGAUAGUUUAGUAGAUUGGAAAAGGUCGUGUUUUCUUUUUCUUUUGAGAUGUUACGGUGUAGUAUGUGUUUCUAUUGAUUUGCAUAUGUGACAUGUUAUAUAUUUUUUU